AUGAGUAAUAAAAAUUUACAAUUUGAUAAAGAUUCUUUAAAAUAAAUUAUUAACAUUCAAUCUAACUAAAAUGAUAGCUAAUAUAUCAACUAGAAAGAUGUUCAUCAAUGCACUAAUUUAUCAAAGAAAGCCUUCAAUUAGGAGCUUGAGCCUUGCCUGUUUAGGAAGAAAGCAGCUUUUUAAUACAAAAAAUCAAAGGAAGAUUUAAAUUAUAACAUUGGUAAGAAAAGGAAGAAUGUUUAUGAUAGAAGUAUAAAUGUUAGGGAAAAUUAAAAAAGGCAAGACAAUUCCUUAAGCAUUCUUACUCGAAGAUUCAUGAAAUAAAUUCGAUCUGAAUAAAACUAAACAAUAGAUCUAAACUAAGUAUCAAUUGUUCUCGGAGUUUAAAAGAGGAGGAUAUAUGAUAUCACGAACGUGCUAGAGGGAAUAAAUUAUGUCAAAAAAGUGUCAAAAAAUAAACUCAAAUGGAUAGGACCACCUAACUAAGAAGCAAAGGAGAAUAGAAUUAUAGCUGAAGUUUAGCAAUUAAUCGCUGAAGAAAUGAUUUUAGACAAAGUAAUAUAUGAGUUUAAUGAAAAAAUUUAAAAUCUUCUGUAGUAAAAAGAGGAUUUUUGCUACUUCAACAGAAUGGACAUAUAGCAAUUAGGCAAAAAUUAAAAACCAAAUGAAAAAACUAUAGUCAUUCAACUACCGAAGAAAAGUAUAAUUUAAAUCAAAGAUUUUUAGAAAGAAUAGAAAGAAAUAAAAUCAAAUAUGGAGAUUUUAAAAGGUAAUCAAAAAUUUGAAAGUCUUAAAAGAAUAUGUAUAACCUCUACCUCGAUAGGGAAAUUUCAAAAAGGUAAUACGCAAUAUUAAUCACCCAAAAAAGAUAAUAAUUAAAUAAAGGUUUAUCAAAUUAGCCAGAUUUCAAAAGAUCAGUGA